AUGGAACUAACUCCUAGUGCUACCUCAACGGGUUCAAAUACAAACACAACCAACAAAUCAACUAAUCCAGCUAUGAAAUAUUAUACGCAAGAGCCUAGCAACAGAAACAAUUUCCGUUGCCAUUUUUGUCCUAAAGUAGUGAAGGGUGGUGUGUAUCGAAUGAAAUGGCAUUUCAUUGGUGGUUUGUCGGAUGUUACUAGUUGCCCAAACUGUCCAGAGCAUGUAAAGGAAGAGGUGAGGUCUUUCAUGCAAAAAAAAAAAGAAAUGGAAACCAUAGAAAAAAAGAUGAACUCAACUUACUCAAGAAGAUUCGACUAUAGUGACUAUGAUCUUGAUGAAGAUGAUGAUUAUGUUGAAGUGCAAGGGGAUAGUACGAAAAUGUCUCAAAGGAAAAAGCCAAGACAAAAAGCACGGUGGUUCUAUGAUGGAGUCGGCCCAUCAAGAAAUGAUAAAGGAAAAAGACCCGCUCUUGUUGAUGAAGAUGAGAUAGAGGAAGACAUUGGAGUGACUGAUGAUGAUGAGGGAGAUGGAGACGUGCUCGGGUUUGAUGAUGAGGAUCUUGGAGACAUUUAG